CGGCUGUUGGAAGACACAGACUGCGAGUGUGCGUGGAACGGAGAAACUUGGCAGCUACUGUGGGCUCCAGCAGGUAAAUAAGGAACAUCCGCGUUGUGCUAAGAAGGAUCCGCAAUGUCUAAAGAUACCGAAGCAAUGCGUGAGGAAAUCAUGGAGUCGAAGGUAUUGUGGUACCCGGACUCAAAGAAGAAUACUCAGAUGGACAGAUUCAGGACGCAGGUCAACCGAGACUUCGGACUUAAUUUAGCCAACUACAAUGAUCUGUACCAGUGGUCCAUCGAGAGUUACCCCGAGUUCUGGGCCGAAGUGUGGCGGUACUGUGGUGUGGUCAGCUCUAAGAUUUAUGAAGAGGUGGUGGAUGUGACCAAGAGAAUUUCGGACGUUCCGGAGUGGUUUAAGGGCAGCCGCAUGAACUACGCUGAGAACCUUCUGAAACAUAAAGACCAGGACAAAGUAGCCCUCUACGCAGCUGCGGAGGCCAGGGAGGAGAUCACCAAGGUGACCUUCGGGGAGCUGAGACGCGGUGUGGCGCUGUUCGCCGCUGCCAUGCGCAAGAUGGGCAUCUGCACCGGGGACCGGGUCGUGGGUUAUCUGCCCAAUGGGGUCCAUGCGGUUGAGGCCAUGCUAGCUGCCGCUAGCAUUGGUGCUAUCUGGAGCUCCACCUCCCCAGACUUUGGGGUCAAUGGGGUGCUGGACCGCUUCUCGCAGAUCCAGCCCAAACUCAUCUUCUCUGUGGCUGCGGUCGUCUACAACGGCAAGCAGCACGACCACAUGGAGAAGCUGCAGAGCGUGGUGAAAGGGUUGCCAGAUCUGAAGAAGGUGGUUGUGAUUCCGUACGUGCGCUCCAGGGAAGAGACCGAUUUGUCCCGACUGCCAAACAGUGUGUUCCUGGAGGACUUCCUGGCGAUGGGGAAAGAGGGGGAUCAGGACCCCCAGCUGGAGUUUGAGCAGCUGCCCUUCAGCCACCCCCUGUUCAUCAUGUUCUCCUCCGGCACCACCGGCGCCCCCAAGUGCAUGGUGCACUCCGCCGGGGGCACCCUUAUUCAGCACCUGAAGGAACACAUUCUCCAUGGCAACAUGACCAGUAGUGAUGUCAUCAUUUACUACACCACGACGGGCUGGAUGAUGUGGAACUGGCUGAUCUCCUCGCUGGCGGUGGGGGCGUCGGUGGUGCUGUACGACGGCUCCCCCCUCGUCCCCACGCCCAACGUGCUCUGGGACCUGGUGGACCAGCUGGGGAUCACCAUCUUCGGGACAGGAGCCAAGUGGUUGGCUGUGCUGGAGGAGAGGAACCUCAAACCCGCUGAAACGCACAGCCUGCAGACGCUGCACACCAUCCUGUCCACGGGCUCCCCGCUGAAACCCCAGAGCUACGAGUACGUGUACCACUGCAUCAAGAGCAACGUGCUGCUGGGCUCCAUCUCAGGUGGGACAGACAUCGUCUCCUGUUUCAUGGGUCAGAACCUGACGGUGCCGGUGUACCGAGGGGAGAUUCAGGCCCGAAAUCUGGGCAUGGCGGUGGAGGCCUGGAGCUACGAAGGGAAGCCUGUUUGGGGGGAAAGCGGGGAGCUGGUGUGCCUGAAGCCCAUUCCUUGCCAGCCCACACAGUUCUGGAAUGACGAGAACGGGAGCAAAUACCACAAGGCCUACUUCUCCACCUUCCCAGGGGUCUGGGCCCACGGCGAUUACUGCAAAAUCAACCCCAAGACCGGAGGCAUCGUCAUGCUGGGCCGGAGCGACGGGACCUUGAAUCCCAACGGUGUGCGAUUCGGGAGCUCUGAGAUUUACAACAUCGUGGAGGCCUUUGAGGAGGUGUCCGACAGCCUUUGUGUUCCCCAGUACAACAGCGACGGCGAGGAGAGGGUGAUCCUCUUCCUGAAGAUGGCGCCCAACCAGGCCUUCGGUCCGGGGCUGGUCCAGAAGAUCCGCGGGGCCAUCCGGGUGGGGCUGUCCGCUCGCCACGUUCCCGCCCUCCUGCUGGAGACCCGAGACAUUCCGUACACCAUCAGCGGGAAAAAGGUGGAGGUGGCGGUGAAACAGGUGAUCGCUGGGAAGGAGGUGACCCAGCGCGGCGCGUUCUCGAACCCGGACUCCUUGGACCUUUACAAGAACCUUCCAGAACUUCAGAACUUCUAAGCUGCGGGUGACGGCGGGGAAAGCCAGGCCUGGAUGAGCCUGUGUUCUCUAGGGACUGCUCUGGUAAAGGGACUCUGGGACGGAGGAGGUUCAGCUCUGCUACUGACUUUUCUUAUGCAGCAUAUUGUGUAUAUUAAUUCUGAUUUCUUUCUUUUUUUAUUAUUAUGGUUAUUAUUCAUCUUGUGUGUUUUCUCAUCAACCUGUCAUUUUGAUGGAGGUUUCCUUCAAUUCGCAUCACAAAAAUAACAGGAGAAAAUCAGGGAAAAGGACACGCCCCUCCGCUGUCUGAUUGGCUGUUUGGUGAUGUUCCACAAUCAGGUCUGGACUCUGUAGAACAGGAGGAGGUCUCACCUCACCUUGCCUGCCCUGCUCAUGCUGAGUAACUGAAUGGGGGAAGUGUGCAGUAGCGUGUGCAGUCUCGCUGUGGGUUGGUUUUCGGUUGUGUGGAGUUGAGCGUGUCUGAGAGAUGGGGGUGUUUGGGGGGUGCAGUCUGGUACAGCGCUGAGAGAUGGGGGUGUUUGGGGGGUGCAGUCAGGUGCGAUGCUGAGAGAUGGGGGUGUUUGGGGGGUGCAGUCAGGUGCGAUGCUGAGAGAUGGGGGUGUUUGGGGGGUGCAGUCAGGUCCGAUGCUGAGAGGUGGGGGGUGUUUGGGGGUGUUUGGGGGGCGGCGCUGACACCCCUGUGCCGCGGGGCGUGACCGGUCCGCUACGCUUUCCGAUCCGCGGGAUGGUAACCAGGGAGACGAGUCAAACUCGGGGAGAAAUGUUCAGACUGUCCGCUUCCCUUCGCUCUGUAGACACAGAGAGCGGGGGGGUGGGGCGGGGGCGCUGUCCAUCACAAACACGCUGGUGCCUCCCCCAGCCCGCCCGAGCAGACGCUGGCCACGCCCCCACACUAACACGCUGAUUAAGCUCGCACCCUGAGCGCUGUGUGCUGAUGGGACAGUUUUACUGGAGUGGCCCGUGAUUGGGCGUCCAGGGCACUGAACUGGCGUAAUGGCUGUGAAACAGCUUUUGAAGUUUGGGGUUUAGAUUGGGGGUGAGAUUUCAUCUCUUUCACACAACGUGUUAUGAGACUGCUCCAAAUCCUUCAGCGCGUUUCAUUCCACUGCGUGUUUCAGCAGACUGGGCUGUCCAGACCAGACCAUCGUGGUCUGAAACAGCUCGUUUUCCUCUUAUUUUCACAAGAUGAACUCAUAAUGAGUUUACUUUGAUUGGCUUUAACUGUCUUACAGCAGUAGUCUGUACAUGCAGUCAGUUGUUAGCAGUCAUUCAGUCUCUUGCAGUGUAUUAAACAGUCAGGACCCCCCUGUGUGUCACUAGCUGUGGUCUGUUAGCAUGCUACUCAAACAUAUGUGGAGUUCUACAACGCUAGAACACCCCACAGGCAGACUGAGUCUGUGUGUUUGUGUGUGUGUGUGUAAUGCGUAGCGCUCCUCCAGGGCGUGUUGUUGGUUCUGUGGUGUGUGUGUGUGUGUGUGUGACUGGUGAGAAACGUGUGACCUGCACUGACCUCUACAAACCGCGAACAUGCUACCCCCCCGCCCCCCCCCCCCACCAGGAGAAGACAGCCGCUGGGUGGGGUACCGUGCCCCCUAACACCCACCCCCCCCCCAGGAGAACGCAGCCGCUGAGGGUUAGGGUGGGGGGGGUACCCUGCAGUUCUGCCUUUUCUCUGAUUCAAAGACAUUCCUGGGACUGGAAUCCCAUUUUUUUUUUUCUUUCUUUCUUUCUUUUACGAGAUUAUUGAACAACUGCUGAACACUACAAAUGAGUGUUUGCUAUGACUGUGUCCAGUAAACAACCCCAGAUUAUGAUUAUAGACCCGUUUUUAAAGUUUUCAUCUGUUUCAAUAAUGAAAGGGGAAAAGGUAGAUUUUAUUUAACGUUCGUACAUUUUUAUUUUUGUCAUUGUUUAUAUUUUAAUGUAAUAAUAUGAAUACAGAUUAGACUUAAAUGUGCUUGGGGGCCUGUCUGUCUGACUACAGUAGAAACUAUAGGAAAAAAUAUAAAUGUUUGUGUGUGUGAUCCGUUGUGUGUGUGUGUGUGUGUGUGUGUGUAUAUAUAUAUAUAUAUAUACACACGCGCUGUGUGUUUGUGUGCGUGUGUGUGAGUGUGUUUGUAUGACACUAACACACACAGAAUAUAAAUACUAUAUAAAUGCAGAGGAAUAUUCAGUUCCAUAUCUGUUAGAGAUAAAAUAAACUAUUAAUACAACUCA